AUGAGUACACAAAAAGGGAAUUCUAGUCGUUCGAGACCACAAAAAUAUCAAAAUCACACUGUUUUUAAAAAUGAUUUACAUGAUAAAUCAAAUAAAACAAAACUUAUUAACAGUAUUGAUGUUGCAAAUGUAUGUGAACGAUGUAAAAAAGUAAUCGAAUGGAAAAUUAAAUAUAAAAAAUAUAAACCAUUAAAAACGCCGGCAAAAUGUGUAAAAUGUGAACAGAAAACAAUAAAACAUGCUUAUCACAAAAUAUGUUUACUUUGUGCUAAACAAUGCGAAAUUUGUCCAAAAUGUGGUAACAAAGCUAACAUUGUUGAAGGGAAACCUAGUAAAGAAGAAGCUAUGAAAUUGGACACGGAAUUACAAAGUCUUCUCAAAAGUUUAUCUGAACGAAAACGUAGAACAUUUAUACGUUAUAUGAAUCGUAAUGAUAUAAAUUCAAAACAUAAUUUAAAAAAAAAUAAGAAUGUAAACAAAAACGAAGACGAAGAAACAGAUGAAGAUAGUGAACAAGAACAGGACACUUCUGUAAUGGAGACUACAUCUAAAGAAACUUUGUUAUUGAAACUAAAAUCUUUAAUAAUUAAGGAAGAAGAUAGUGAUGAUUUUAACAGUGAUGAUGAUUUAGAUUCAAUUAUGUAA